UCUUCCAAUUAUUCAAAGAAAUGGCUUUGGGAGAUAUCCGUGUACCUUCCGUCCCCCUCUUCGUUCUUCUUGGUGUUGGCAGUCGUCGUCGUCGUCUGAUUCUUCCUGUAGUCGUGGUUGUGCUAGCGUUCGCUGCAGUAGCGGCGGACGCCUUCUGGUCCUCCCGUGUGCUACGUAUUCUGGCGAGAAUACCGUCGACCGUGACGCAGGAGGCCUGAAAGUUUCUCUUAGUUCAAGGCUGUGUUUAAUGGUCAAACUGCAAGAGAGAGAAAAGGAAAAAACUACAGCUGAGUGGUACCUCUUAAGGUCAUGCAACCUUGUACUUGUGCAACGUCUGCACUUGCCAAUGAUUGAAGUUCUAGGUGGCACUAAACAGAGAUGAAUUUCCGGGAUGAGAAAUUUGUGAGGUUCCAGGAUUUGGGUUCAGAGCAAUCCUUUAAUUCAGAAAGGACAUAUUCUGAUGAGAAACCACUCCUUGGAAGAUUUGGAAGAACGUUAAGUUCAGUAUCAAGCAGCAUUCAAAGAAGUUAUAGAUGGGGAUAUGGUGGCAUAAGGAAGCUUCAGAAGUCAUUUCAGCUCCGUUCUCCAAGUGAUUUAUCCACUGAGAGAUCAGAAUCUAGCAAGAAAGUAUUUGAUCCACAGGGAAAAUUUAUUCAGAGGUGGAACAAGGUUUUUGUUCUAUCAUGUGUACUUGCAAUCUAUCUGGACCCCUUGUUCUUUUAUAUUCCAGUCAUGAACAAAAACUGCCUGGAUGUGGACCACAAGUUGGAAAUUACAGCCUGUGUGCUGCGCUCCUUCACUGAUAUCUUUUAUGUGCUGCAUAUUUUCUUCAAAUUUCGGACUGGAUUUAUUGCACCUUCAUCUCGGGUGUUUGGGCGAGGAGUUCUGGUUGAGGAUUUGCAGGCUAUAGCUAGUCGCUAUUUAUCAUCAUACUUCUUCAUUGAUGUCUUAGCCGUUCUUCCUCUUCCACAGGUGAUUAUCUUAGGCAUAAUACCCAAGUUGAGGGGCUCUGCUCCUCUGUACACAAAAAAUGCAUUGCGGUUUGUUAUUCUCUUGCAGUACAUACCUAGACUAGUCCGCAUAAUUCCAUUGUACAAUGGUGUCAUAAGUACCACAGGCAUAAUAACAGAAACUGCAUGGGCUGGUGCUGCUGUCAAUCUGUUGCUUUACAUGCUUGCAAGCCAUGUGAUUGGAGCAUUCUAUUAUUUACUUGCUAUUGAACGACAAGACACAUGUUGGCGAGACGCUUGCCGCUCCGAUAAUCGUUGUGAUCUUGCUUCACUAUACUGCGGAAAGCAUGAUGAAGCAAACAAUGGUUCAUUCCUUAAUGUUAGUUGCCCUGUAGCUGACAAUGGUCCUUUUGAUUUUGGAAUAUAUCAAUCUGUUCUGAAUGCACAAGUUGUCCAAUCAAGGAAUUUCCCAGAAAAGCUAUUUUACUGUUUCUGGUGGGGACUUCAAAAUCUGAGUUCUCUGGGCCAAAAUUUGAAAACUAGCACUUACAUUUGGGAGAUUUGUUUUGCGGUGUUCAUAUCAAUCUCUGGCUUAGUCUUGUUUGCUCUUCUCAUUGGGAAUAUGCAGACGUAUCUGCAAUCUGCUACUCUGAGGUUAGAAGAGAUGAGGGUGAAACGGCGUGAUGCAGAGCAAUGGAUGUCCCAUCGAAUGCUCCCUGAAAGCCUGAGGGAACGUAUUCGCCGGUAUGAUCAGUACAAAUGGCUGGAAUUUAGAGGUGUUAAUGAAGAAGAUUUGAUCAGGAACCUUCCGAGGGACCUCAGAAGGGAUAUCAAACGACAUCUUUGCUUAGCACUACUCGUGCGGGUUCCGAUGUUUAAAAAUAUGGAUGACCAACUUUUGGAUGCCAUGUGUGACCGCCUGAAGCCGUCCCUGCACACGGAGGACAGUUACAUUGUCCGGGAAGGUGAUCCUGUAGAUGAAAUGUUAUUUAUCAUGAGAGGAAAGCUUGAGAGUGUAACGACAAAUGGAGGACGAACUGGGUUUUUCAAUUCUGAUUUCCUCAAAGAGGGUGAUUUCUGCGGGGAAGAACUUCUUACUUGGGCCCUAGAUCCAAACCCUUCGGCGAGCCUCCCAUCCUCUACCAGAACUGUAAGAGCACUUUCUGAAGUUGAGGCAUUUGCACUCACUUCAGAUGAUCUUAGGUUUGUAGCCAAGCAAUUUCGGCGGCUUCACAGCAAGCAGCUCAGGCACACCUUCAGAUUUUACUCACAACAGUGGAGGACCUGGGCAGCUUGCUUUAUCCAGGCUGCAUGGCGCCGAUACGGCAAAAAGAAGCUUGAGGAGUCAUUGCACAGGGAGGAAGACAAGUUGCAGGCAGCACUUGCUGAGAAUGGAGGUGGUGGCAAUUCACCAAGCCUUGGAGCUACCAUUUAUGCUUCCAGGUUUGCUGCCAAUGCACUUCGUGCACUCCGUACAGCACGCAAGACUAAGUUGUUGGCCAGGUCUCCACUCAUCAAGCUUCCAAAGCCAGCUGAACCCAACUUUGCAGUUGAUGAUGACUAGUACUACCGCCGCUGGCCAAUUGGUUCGAUUGUGGAGUGUCCAACACGUUGUGCUUCCGUCCAGAUUUAGUUUUUGUACAUGGGCAGAAGUGAUUAAGCUGUUUAUAAACACUUCGGAGAGAAUAUGGCGGCUUGCAAAUGGAUGCUGCUGUGUUUUGCCCCUGUACUGUAACUGGUUUGUAGCAUGUACAUAUAUCGAAUGUAUUGUAUUUCUGAUUUU